AUGGCAUCCUUUGCUGUUGCCAGCGCCUACGCGGCCGCGGGAUUUCUGGUCAUUGUUGCGCUGAAUGUGUUGCGCCAAUUGCUCUUUCGAAACAAGAAUGAACCCCCUGUGGUCUUCCACUGGAUUCCAUUCUUAGGAAACACCAUCACCUAUGGCAUGGAUCCUUAUGCUUUCUUCUUUGCGAACCGAGAAAAGUAUGGCGACAUCUUCACAUUUGUGCUGUUAGGACAAAAGACGACAGUAUAUCUAGGUAUACAAGGCAACGAGUUCAUCCUGAAUGCGAAACUUAAGGAUGCGAACGCGGAGGAGGUCUAUUCCCCACUGACUACCCCCGUCUUCGGCGCCGACGUGGUGUACGACUGCCCCAACUCCAAACUCAUGGAACAAAAGAAGUUUGUCAAGUACGGUCUGACUCAAACUGCGCUCGAGUCGCACGUACAAUUGAUCGAGCAGGAGACGCUGGACUUCUUGCGCACCUCGCCUUGGUUCCAGGGCAGCGCUGGGGUUUUCGACGUCCCCGCCGCCAUGUCCGAACUCACGAUCUAUACCGCGGCGCGCGCCCUGCAAGGAGAGGAGGUCCGCAGCAAGCUCACCUCCGAAUUCGCAGACCUCUAUCACGACCUCGAGAAGGGCUUCAGUCCAAUCAACUUCAUGCUGCCGUGGGCGCCCUUGCCGCACAACCGCAAGCGAGACGUGGCACAUGCACGCAUGCGCGAGAUCUACACGGAGAUCCUGCGCGAGCGCCGCAAGAACCCCGACGAGGAGAAAACGGACAUGAUGUGGAAUUUGAUGCACUGCACCUACAAGAACGGACAGCCGGUGCCGGACCACGAGAUCGCACAUAUCAUGAUUACUCUGCUGCUCGCGGGCCAACACUCGAGCGCCUCCAUCAGCGCCUGGAUCCUGCUCCGCCUAGCCUCCGAGCCUCAUUAUCUGGAUGAGCUCUACCAGGAACAAGUCUCCGCCUUUGGCCGUCAAGCCGACGGAAGCUUCGCGCGGCUGCAGUACGAGGACCUCGACAAGUUACCUCUGCACAAGGGCGUCAUCAAGGAGACCCUCCGCCUCCACUCGUCCAUUCACUCGAUUAUGCGCAAGGUCAAGAACGACAUGCCUGUGCCCGGUACGGACCUUGUCGUGCCCACCGGCCAUGUGCUGAUGGCCUCCCCCGGUGUCACCGCCCAGAGCGACGAAUAUUUCCCUAAUGCGAGCAAAUGGGAUCCGCACCGCUGGGACAAUCAGGUGGAGAAGGAGGAAGACGGUGGUGAGCUGGUCGACUACGGCUACGGCGCUGUCUCCAAAGGCACUUCGAGUCCGUACCUCCCCUUCGGUGCCGGCCGUCAUCGCUGUAUCGGCGAGAAAUUCGCCUACCUCAACCUGACGACCAUCGUCGCGACGAUGGUGCGCCAUCUGCGUCUGUCGAACAUUGAGGGUAAGAAGGGCGUCCCGGGAACAGACUAUUCGACUUUGUUCUCCGGUCCGUUGAAGCCAGCCAUGGUGCGCUGGGAACGUCGCUCUGAAAAGGCCCUGUAG